AUGAGGAUACAAGUCUAAUUUAUAACAAUCGGAGUUGUAGUACUUAGCGCUGUUGCUUCAGAGAACUGCUGGGAAGAUGCCUAUGGAAGAGGAGUUGGCAGAGCUAUUCAUGCUUGCAAACCUGGCUACGAACAAAAUGGGCUCUUGUGCUAUCCACUAUGCAAGGAUGGAUAUUAUGGAGUUGGACCAGUGUGCUGGUAAUAUUGCCCUGAUGGUUUCAAAGACACAGGAGUAGACUGUUUGAAGCCUCCAUCUUAUGGUAGAGGUGUUGGCUAUACCUCAUACAAUGCUUGCUUUAAAGAUAAUCAGCAAACUGACUGUGAAGAGUGGGGUUUACUUUGGUAUCCAAAGUGCAAAGAAGGUUUCCAUAAUGCUGCUUGCUGUGUCUGCUCUCCAAACUGCAUCAAUGGUCAGAUCGAUAUCGGAGUUUCAUGUUAAAAGCUGACUUAUGGAAGAGGAGCUGGAGAACCUCUUGGUUGCUCUGCUGAUGAGGAAGAGUAGGCUGCUCUUUGCUAUACUCCUUGCAAAAAUGGAUAUAAUGGAGACGGACCUGUAUGCUGGCAAUAGUGUCCCUCAGGCAUGCACACUUGUGGGGCUCUUUGCACUGUAAAUGCUGAUGGUUGCACUGAUGAGGUGAAAGAUGUAGUUUCAAAUGUUGUCGGAGUGGCUAUUGAUGUUGCAAUUGCUGCAGUUACUGGUAGUCCAAUAAACAUUCUUGACAUUAUCAAGAAGGUUGGACAAACUGCUAUUGACCUUGCAAACUCAGUUUGUGAUCCCCCCACUGCUGUUGAAUAUUUUAGAUCCGUAAGGGAAUGA